CCCUUAACUAGGGAGGGUUUAUUCAAAUUGGUAAAUAGCUUAUAAAAAUCAGGAACUGAUAUGUGCUGUGGAGCUUCGAGAGAACAGCUUUUAAAAAGAAAAACCAAGAACUUGCUACCAUGUCGGGGAAGCCAAUCCUUCACUACUUUGAUGGACGGGGCAGAAUGGAGCCCAUCCGGUGGCUCCUGGCUGCAGCUGGAGUAGAGUUUGAAGAAAAAUUUAUGAAAACUCGAGAGGACUUGCAAAAGUUAAGAAAUGAUGGGGAUCUGAUGUUCCAGCAAGUUCCCAUGGUGGAGAUUGAUGGAAUGAAGCUUGUGCAGACCGGAGCCAUUCUGAGCUACAUUGCCUCCAAAUAUAACCUCUAUGGGAAGGACAUGAAGGAGAGAGCCCUCAUUGAUAUGUAUACAGAAGGUAUAGCAGAUCUGAAUGAAAUAGUUUUGAUUUACCCGUUCCUUCCAUCUGAGAAGAAAGAGGCAAGCCUUUCCAACAUCAAAGACAAAGCAAGGAACCGUUAUUUUCCUGCCUUUGAAAAGGUGUUAAAGAGCCAUGGACAAGAUUACCUUGUUGGCAACAAGCUGAGCAAGGCUGAUGUUUACCUGGUUGUAAUUCUCUACCAUGUGGAAGAGCUGGACUCUGGCAUUAUGGCCAACUUCCCUCUGCUGAAGGCACUGAGAACCAGAGUCAGCAACCUCCCGACGGUGAAGAAGUUUCUAGAGCCUGGUGGCAAGAGGAAGCCUUUCGAAGAUGAGAAAUGUGUCAAAAUAGUAAAGAAUAUAUUCCAGUUAAAUUAGGCAGAUGUGGAUGUGUAGCACCCACAAGACCAACCUCCUGAAGCUUUGCAACAAUGACGUGCUUUGUCUAAACAGUCAUCUUGCUUAUUAUGAGGCUGACAGAGUUUUCUAAAGUUCAUGUUAAUUUAGGUAGAAAUGACAGAUACAGAUUUGUUGGAAUGCUGUCCAUCUGGUUUGUGUCAAAUUUUCUUGAAUUUAAAUAAAACAGAAUAAGCUUUAUA